UGUGACUCAUUGGAGGAGAGAAACUAAAAACUAACACAUCGGUCUUUUACGGAAGUCAGCCAUCUUGAGUUCCAGUUGCGAGAGCUGAGCAGGUUGAGUCAUCUUCAAAAUGGUUAAUACAAAAAGGCUUUAUUCGAAAGCAGUCUUUACUGGUUACAAACGUGGUUUAAAAAACCAACGUGAAAACACAUCUCUUCUACGAAUAGAGGGAGUCACAACAAGGAAGGAAACUGAAUUUUAUUUGGGAAAGAAAUGUGCAUAUGUAUACAAGGCAAAAAAUAAGACGAAAACACCUGGCAGAGAAAAACCCACAAAUGUUCGUGUAAUCUGGGGGAAAGUUACCAGGGCACAUGGCAAAAGCGGUGCUGUAAGGGCCAAAUUCAGGAGAAACUUGCCAUCAAAAGCUAUGGGAAAAAGAAUUAGAAUUAUGCUGUAUCCAUCAAGGAUCUAAAGAUGUGCUGUAAUUUGUUUUUGAGCUGAAAGACAAAUACAAAAUAAAGUUAUAAAAGCCA